GGGAUGAACUGUCAUUUCUUUCAUUUGCUUUUGCUUCACGUGAAUGAAAAAACCCUAAUCACACCCUUCUUUAUUUUCCACUGAAAAAAUAAAAAAAAUUAAACUCUUCUAUUACCGGAAUUAGGGUUUUAAACAUCUUCUCCCAUUAAUUUGCACUGUGGUUUUCAGUUGGUGGCUAAGAUGUCGGAUUACCCUGUGCUUGGUAAUCUUCCCAUUAAUAAAUGGAAGGUACCAGAAUUAAGGGAAGAGCUUAAGAGGAGGAACUUAAUGACAAAAGGUUUGAAGGAUGAUCUUGUUAGGCGAUUAAAUGACGCUAUCCACAAAGAAAAUGGUCUUGAACCUGCUGAACCUGUUAAAUGGGAACCAGACCCUGGUAUUGUUGAAUUUAUUGAUGAUUGUCUGAGGAUGUCCGAACGUCAAGUUCCUGGGGGUUUUAUACGUGACAAAGUCUUGGUUGAUGUUGCAACUGUAGGUACUGAUGAUGCUUCUGGAGGAAGAAAACAUUCAGAGGCUUCUAUUGGUAGCACUAGUGUUAUAAAUGAGAUUGCGUCUACUGAUCAAUUUGUUGAAGACAAAAUUGAUAAGAAACACGAGGUUAUUGAUUCUUCUCAGAAUAAUGAUGUUGUUGAUGAGGUAUCUGGAGUUAGGGAUGUUGCUAUUCAGGGAAAUAGCACUGGACAGGACGCUGAGGAUAUGAAAAUUUCGUCUUCUGAGGGAGUGCUUGAGGACAACCUUAGGAGACAAGAAAAUGAUGUGGAGGGAACCCCACUAACAUCCAAGGAAGCCUUGGAAAAUAAUAGCAUUAAGUUGGAGAAUGAGGGUCUGAAACUCUCAGGCAUGAAUGCUGAGUCUGAUAUGUCCAAUCCAGACACUCAGGUAUAUGAGGUCAACCCUGAUUUAGGGUCUCAAGUAAAAUCUGACUCAUUUUCUACUGAUACAUUGCCCAUUAAUGAAAAUAAAGAUUUAAAUGAUAAUUUGAAUGCUGAUAGUGUUAAAUUAGUAACUGAAGUUUUUAGGCAAGAGAUGGAGCUGCAGUCAUCCAGCAAAGACCUGUCAGGUGUUGGUAGCGUUCAUCCAUUGGAUGAUCAGAUGCCACAUGAGAUGCUGGGUCUUGUUGGAGAAACUAACAAUGAGAAAUCUUCAGAGGUGAAAUUUAGCAUGAAAAAUUCCAAUGCAGAUCAGGUUUCUGUUGCUGUUACCAAGCUAGAGCAUGGUGUGGAAAGUAACACUUCAAGUAAUAGUGAGCAAAAAGAUGUACAGUUUGAAAAAGCUAGAACUUUAGGUGAUGUUGUAGAGUCUAGUUUGUCACCCAAGAAACUUGAGGCAUCUGCUGAAAAUAAACAUUGUGUUGUUGCUUCCAGCGAUGAUGGAAAAGUUUUGAGCAAGAUAUCUGAUGUAGUGGAUGGUGAGAAUGUGGAAAAGAUAAACUUGGAUCAAUCUUCAGCUGAUGAUUCCAUGGAGGAGGAUGUAGUAGAGACAAAGCAUGUGGAUUUUGAUCAUAUUUCUAAGGAGAAUGAUAAGACUGAAGAGCCUAUUACAGGAAUGACAGAAGAGCCCAAAGUUCUACGAAAUGGUUCUUCUAGUUCAAUGCAGCAAGACAAUCCUUCUGAGAAGGUUGAGUCUCCUCAAGAAACUAAAGAUAGGUUUCCUGAUUUGUCAGAGAAGAGAAAGUUUCAAGAUGAAGUAGGAGGUGGGAGUAAAGAGCCUGCAAAAAGGCAGCGCAGAUGGAAGACUGACAGUUUGAGGACUGCUGAGCCACAAAAUUCAAGUAUUGCAUUAUCAGAGAACUUGGUUCAGACCACCCUUGUCCAGCCUAUCCUUGGCAGGACUGACUCUACAGUUGGUGAGGAUGCACCCAAGGAGCGCCUUGUACCAAAAUCUUCCAAAAUAGCCACUAAUUCUCUCAAAAUUGAGAACUUCUUGCGGCCUUUUACGCUGAAAGCUGUGCAAGAGCUCCUUGCCAGAACUGGUGAAGUCUGCAGUUUCUGGAUGGACCACAUAAAGACCCAUUGUUAUGUCACGUAUUCUUCGGUAGAGGAAGCCAUAGAGACCCGAAAUGCUGUUUACAACCUCCAAUGGCCACCAAAAGGAGGUCGUCUCCUGGUUGCAGAUUUUGUUGAUCCCCAGCAGGUGCAAAUCAAGAUAGAUGGACGGGAGGCUGCUUCUCCAGCGACAAAUCCCAGUCCUGCAGUGCCUCCAGCUUCAUCCUCUCUUCAAGCACUACCUCCUUGGCAGCAGGGUCGCAAACAGCAGGUUGAGUCGGAACAUCCACUCACUCGCCAGCCACCACCUGCUCCUCCACUCACACGCCAGCCACCACCUGCUCCUCCUACUGCGCCACCAAUAAAAGAGAGGCUAGCUCCACCUGUUGCUGAUAAAAAUGAUCCCCCGGUUAUUACUUUGGAUGACCUCUUCAGAAAGACCAAAGCUGCUCCCCGUAUCUAUUAUUUACCGCUGACAGAUGAGGAAGUUGCUAAAAAGCUUGCCAGUAGAGGAGAUGAUAAGCACGAGAGCUUUUAGUGAAAAACGAGCAUGUUAGAUGGAUUAUGGAGUGGUAUUUUGAUGUAAUGCUGAUAACUUCUAGUUUGCCCUCACAGAGAAGUUGCAGUCUUGAGGCUCACUGAGACCUUGCUUUCUUUUCUAUUUUCGUUUUGUUAAUGGUUGCUGCAAGGUUGAAGUCUCUACUGUAUUUUUUCUUUGGGUUGAAGAAACAUCAAAAUGUGCAGAUUAUGCAGAGUUCUGUCUUCAGCGAAGCUGUAAAUGCCAUUUACCACCUCUUCGUUUUCUUCUUGACUGUAAAAUUUUAAGAAAAGGAAGAGAACGCAUUGAUCAUGGAAACCAGUUGCUUUUUGAGUUUU